GGCCCGGCCCCCGCGGUCUGUGGUGUAGAGAAGCCGCCGCGGCCGGGUCUCUCUGAGCGCUCGCCCCACAGGUCUCAUCCACCUCAGAACCCCGCGUUGCGCGAUGUUCAAGAAACUGAAGCAGAAGAUCAGCGAGGAGCAGCAGCAGCUCCAGCAGGCGCUGGCCUCUUCUCAGGCUUCCUCCAGUUCUUCAACACCAACGAGAACCAGGAGCAGGACGUCCUCAUUUACAGAGUCAUUUGAUGAGGGUACACCCAACAGAGAGCUCCUAGCCGGGAUGAUAGCAGAGCCUGCUUUUCUCUCUGAGUAUACUAUCUUUGCUUUGGAUUCCUCCAAGCAGCCUAAAACCCAGACUGAAAGUGUGAAUGCGUCUUUCCAAGCCACAAAAUCUCCCGACAGUGUUAACGGAAGUGAACCCACAACUCCUCAGUCGAGUGACACGCAGUCUUUUGCACAGAAGCUCCAGCUCCGAGUGCCAUCCGUGGAGUCUUUGUUUCGGAGUCCAGUGAAGGAAUCUCUAGUCCGAUCUUCCUCUAAAGAGUCUCUGGUACGCACGUCUUCUAGAGAAUCCCUGAAUCGGUUCGACCUGGACUCCUCUGCUGCCUUCUUUGAUCCACCCUCUGAUAUGGAGAGUGAGACUGAAGACUCACUUGGGAAUUUAGACAGUCUCAGCAAAGAUCAGUUGAUCCAGUGGUUGCGGAGGACGGAACGAAGGUUGAAUGGCUACAAAGGAAAAUGUUGUGAGCUUGUUACAGCUUAUCAGACUCUUCAUAGAGAGAAGAAAAAGCUACAAGGUAUAUUAAGUCAGAGUCAGGAUAAAGCACUUCGGAGGAUUGGAGAGUUAAGAGAGGUAAGUAGAGAAUAGUACUUUGAGAAUAGUAACUAAAUUUCUCAUAUUUAUC